UCGGCCUGAAAAGGCAGGGGGGAGCCGGAGGGGAAGCAGAGAAGGCGAGCGAGGCAGCAGCUCGCAGCCCGCCCCCAGCACAUCCUCAGACGCGCAGACACUCGGCAAGGCGCUAGGCGAGGUGGAGGUGAGGGCGGGCGCGAGCGAACUCGGAGAGCGGCUCGCUCGCUCGCUCCCAGGCGAUCCCAGCCGCCGCCGCCGCCGCCGCCGCACCACCACCACCACCACCACCAGCAGCACCAGCAGCCGCCGCCGCAGCAGCUUCCUUCCUCAGACUCCCCUCUUGAGGCUGGCCAAGCGGGUGUAGCCUCUAGGGGAGGCUCCCGCUAGAGGAACCCGGUGAGGGCAAGAGCUGGGCGGCCGCCUCCCGCUCGGGCCGUCCGGCGGUCUGUGCCUCCACCCGCGUGUCGGUCCCGAGUGCCGGGAGAUGUGUGUCAGUUUACGCCUCUGAGAUCACACAGCUGCCUGGGGGCCGUGUGAUGCCCAAGACAAGUCUUGGCUUUUAUUUUUAUUAUUUUUUCUUUUUUUUAACGCUUGGCUUACGGGAAAUACUCGUGAUGUUGUAGGAUAAAGGAAAUGAUACUUUGAGGAACUGGAAAGGGCAUAGAUGCGUUUUGUUUUUAAGAGAGGAAACCCGUCCUCUCUUCCCGGCUUGCUCCCUCUUUGCUGAUUUGAAGAGCUACCCUCCUCCUGGUGAGGUGGGGAUCCAGCAAGAAUAAAGGUGAAGACGGGCCGCCAGGACCCAGGAGGGAAACACUGACCAGUAGAAACCUUUGCAGAGGACACUGUAAGGAAGAACAUAAGAGAGAGAAAAAUACAAAGACUUAUAAUUAAGCAAGAAAUCUGCAAAAACAGCUCUGGAGAAAGCUUCCUUCUCCAAAAUGGAUAUGUGUCCUCUCACCUGGAUUUUCUUAGCUCUCUACUUUUCAGGACAUGAAGUGAGAGGCCAACCAGACCAACCCUGUGGAGGUCGUUUGAAUUCCAAAGAUGCUGGCUAUAUCACCUCCCCGGGGUACCCCCAGGAUUAUCCAUCCCACCAGAACUGUGAGUGGAUUGUUUACGCCCCCGAACCCAACCAGAAGAUUGUCCUCAACUUCAACCCUCAUUUCGAAAUCGAGAAGCACGACUGCAAGUAUGACUUCAUUGAGAUUCGGGAUGGGGACAGCGAAUCCGCAGACCUCCUGGGAAAGCACUGUGGGAACAUCGCCCCACCCACCAUUAUCUCCUCGGGCUCGGUCCUCUACAUCAAGUUCACCUCCGACUAUGCCCGGCAGGGGGCAGGCUUCUCCCUCCGCUAUGAGAUCUUCAAGACAGGCUCCGAAGAUUGUUCAAAGAACUUCACAAGCCCCAACGGGACCAUCGAGUCCCCCGGGUUUCCCGAGAAGUACCCACACAACUUGGACUGCACCUUCACCAUCCUGGCCAAACCCAAGAUGGAGAUCAUCCUGCAGUUCCUGACCUUUGACCUGGAGCACGACCCUUUGCAGGUGGGAGAGGGAGACUGCAAAUAUGAUUGGCUGGACAUCUGGGAUGGCAUCCCCCAUGUCGGACCCCUGAUUGGCAAGUACUGUGGGACCAAAACACCUUCUGAACUCCGUUCGGCCACUGGGAUCCUCUCUCUGACCUUUCACACGGACAUGGCAGUGGCCAAGGAUGGCUUCUCUGCACGUUACUACCUGGUUCACCAAGAGCCGCUAGAGAACUUUCAGUGCAAUGUCCCUCUGGGAAUGGAGUCUGGCCGGAUUGCUAAUGAACAGAUCAGUGCCUCAUCUACCUACUCUGAUGGGAGGUGGACACCUCACCAAAGCCGGCUCCAUGGCGAUGACAACGGCUGGACACCCAACUUGGAUUCCAGCAAGGAGUAUCUCCAGGUGGACCUCCGUUUUCUAACCGUGCUCACGGCCAUCGCCACGCAGGGAGCGAUUUCCAGGGAAACCCAGAAUGGCUACUAUGUCAAAUCCUACAAGCUGGAAGUGAGCACUAAUGGUGAAGACUGGAUGGUGUACCGGCACGGCAAGAACCACAAGGUCUUCCAAGCCAACAACGAUGCCACGGAAGUGGUUCUGAACAAGCUGCACUCACCGCUGCUGACACGCUUCGUCAGGGUCCGUCCACAGACCUGGCACUCGGGCAUCGCCCUCCGCCUGGAGCUCUUCGGCUGCCGGGUCACAGAUGCCCCCUGCUCCGACAUGCUGGGGAUGCUCUCAGGCCUCAUUGCUGACUCCCAGAUCUCUGCUUCCUCCACCCGCGAGUACCUCUGGAGCCCCAGUGCUGCCCGCCUGGUCAGCAGCCGCUCAGGCUGGUUCCCUCGGAUCCCUCAGGCCCAGCCGGGCGAGGAGUGGCUCCAGGUAGACCUGGGAGCGCCCAAGACCGUGAAAGGCGUCAUCAUCCAGGGGGCCCGCGGAGGAGAUAGCAUCACUGCCGUGGAAGCCAGGGCAUUUGUGCGCAAAUUCAAAGUCUCCUACAGCCUAAAUGGCAAAGACUGGGAGCACAUCCAGGACCCCAGGACCCAGCAGCCGAAGCUGUUUGAAGGGAACAUGCACUACGACACCCCUGACAUCCGGAGGUUUGACCCUGUCCUGGCGCAGUACGUGCGGGUGUACCCUGAGAGGUGGUCCCCUGCGGGCAUUGGGAUGCGACUGGAGGUGCUGGGCUGUGACUGGACAGACUCAAAGCCAACGGCUGAGACACUGGGACCCACCGUGAAGAGCGAAGAGACCACCACCCCAUACCCCAUCGACGAGGAGGCCACGGAGUGCGGGGGGAACUGCAGCUUUGAGGAUGACAAAGAUUUGCAGCUCCCUUCAGGAUUCAACUGCAACUUUGAUUUCCCCGAGGAGCCCUGUGGUUGGAUGUACGACCGUGCCAAGUGGCUCAAGAGCACCUGGACCGGCAGCUCCGGCCCCAGCGACCGGACGUUUCCAGAUGACAGGAAUUUCUUGCGGCUGCAGAGUGAUGGCGGGAGAGAGGGCCAGUACGCGCGGCUCAUCAGCCCCCCCGUCCACCUGCCGCGGAGCCCCGUGUGCAUGGAGUUCCAGUACCAAGCCACGGGAGGCCGCGGGGUGGCGCUGCAGGUGGUGCGCGAAGCCAGCCAGGAGAGCAAGCUCCUCUGGGUCAUCCGCGAGGACCAGGGCGGCGAGUGGAAACACGGGCGGAUCAUCUUGCCCAGCUAUGACAUGGAGUACCAGAUUGUGUUCGAGGGAGUUAUAGGAAAAGGACGUUCGGGAGAAAUUGCCAUUGAUGACAUUCGGAUAAGCACCGAUGUCCCGCUGGAGAACUGUAUGGAACCCAUCUCAGCUUUUGCAGGGGGCACCCUCCUACCGGGGACCGAGCCCACAGUGGACACGGUGCCCGUGCAGCCCAUCCCAGCCUACUGGUAUUACGUUAUGGCCGCCGGGGGCGCCGUGCUGGUGCUGGUCUCCGUCGCGCUGGCCCUGGUGCUCCACUACCACCGGUUCCGCUAUGCGGCCAAGAAGACCGAUCACUCCAUCACCUACAAAACCUCCCACUACACCAACGGGGCCCCUCUGGCGGUGGAGCCCACCCUAACCAUUAAACUAGAGCAAGACCGCAGCUCGCACUGCUGAGGGCCGAAGCAAGGACGGCACCCAAAACAAACAAGAAAGACUGCAAACACGUUGCCUCGAUUUUGCACUUUUUUCUCCUCGCCUAGUCUCUGUGUGAACGCUCAGACAUCUCUCUCUCGGGGCCCAAACCCUGUGCGCUCGUAUCCAUCCCGACCAUUCUCCUUGGGUUCUUUUGUUUGUUUGUUUUCCUUUUGUUGAUUCCAAACCAACCAACCCCAGCUCUAAUGCUGCAUCUUGGAAUACGAGAAGAGAUACACCCCUAAGCACUUCACAACUCAAGGCUCAGCUGGUUUCCUUCCAGAGACUGGUUCCCUGUUUCUUCCCCUUGCCUUAUCCCAUCCCUCCUCUCGGUGGGCAGUCAGUCUGCCAGGAGACUUGAGGGGAGACCUGGAUCUGUGUGUCUGUACAUGGUAUACAUUUGCGUGUGUGACUAGCUCUGUGUGUGCGUGGGUGUGAGAGAGAGACUGGCUCAUUGUUGGGGGGGGCGUGUGUGGGUGUGUUCAGAGAGGGCCCCCUUUAACUCUUGUGUUACUUCUCUGGGGGUACAUGUUCCAGAAAAUAAUAUACUGUACUAGUUUUGUUUACUUGGAGAAGAGAUUGAAGCUUUUUGUUGCCUUAUCUAGCUCUGGCUGGGUUUCUGUUGGCUACCAUUGUCAUCUCCAGGUACCUAAACAACUAGAGGCCACCUGAAAAGAAGUGUGGCCCCUCUCAUUCCAGUCCCCAUGCCCAACCCGCCUGACCCAAGAGGAAGGUUCCCCCACUGCACUCCGACAUGACCCCUUGUCCUGUCUCGGGCAUCUUUGAAGUCACAUGAUAACAGCCAUUGGGUGCGUGUGGGACCAUCUCUACUUCCAGCCCUGAAGCAAAUCUGUCUCAUGUUGCCUUAUAAAAGAGAAGCUCAUAAUGAAUGUUUAGCUUUUAUUGGUUAAGUCCAAUCUUGGAAUAAGUCAUAGAGAAUAACAGAUCUGAGACUGAUGUAGGAAAAGCAGUAGCCUGUUGAGAGCAGGAGGAGAUGGAGGAGAAGGAAGGAUGAAAUGUUGUCUUUAAAGAACCUCCUCACCCCCUGGGCAUUCAUCGUGCCCCGCUUAGGAUGGGAUAGAGGAAGAAGGUUAAAAAACGUAUUCUUUGGUAUCAUAUUGAUCAUUGUAAUAGCAUUUGUAAAACAUGGGGGGGAAAGGGGUCAUUUGCUUUCCUUUUAUGGUGUUAACGGGUGCCUGAAUAUAUGGCCGCUAAAAUAUAUGGCUGUUCACCUGACUUAUUUGAAUAUUAUGAGAGAAUAAAAAGUUAUCCGUUUUUUUAAAUGUACCAGUGUACUACCCCUUAAAGCGUUCAUGGCAUCUGGCAAAUACACCCUUAUAGGCUGGCCUGGCAUUUCCAGAUGUUGCUGCAUCGUCAGGAGAAGGUAUAAUGAAGAUAAAUCCUUUGCUGCCCAUUCGUCCUCUCUAAACAACGCAGGGAGAGGGAUAUUAGAGAUAAAUUGCCUAAUGAUAUUGUACGAAGGUUGGAUUCGAUAAUGAAGUCAAUUUCAUUGGUAGAAAAUGCGUAUUUUAACGAGAUUCUCAGUGUACUGGGGCUCUGCCUUGGGGGGUGUUUACUUCUCACCUUCCUGCUAGGACUCCACUGAGGAAGUGUAAGAUUCUCUCCAAAGAUGGUUGCCUGGGCUGAAAGCCCCCAGGUACCUUCUGAGAACAAAAUACUGAUGAUUUUUUUUUUUUUUUUUUUUUUUUUGGCUGCUUGGGAGAGAGAGACUCUUAGCAUUCUUUCGGAAUAUCCACAUAGAUCCCUCCAACACACACACACACACACACACACACACACACUUUUGCAUCUGGUUUGUUUCAUCCUCCUGAAAGAAUGGUGCUCUCCCACUCUUAUUCUAUUUCAAAGAGCUGGUCUGUCUCAACCACAGCAGCUCUGCCAGGAAAAAAGAUGAAAGGCUAGAGCAUGAGCUACCUUGAGAUUUCAAGAAGUGUCUUAUCCCCAGCUGAAGAUGGAGAAAGAAAGACGGAGAGAGGGAGGAGGGGUGGCAGGAUACCAUGGAUACCUUAUGAUGACUUCCAUGCCAAUCACUAAGGCCUUUUUGUCUCAGGUAUCUGUAUCCAGUGAUGCAUCUGGGGUCAGGCAUCCCUUGAAAUGAUUGACAUCCCUAUAGGCACCCCAUGGAGGCGUGGUGUCAGGAAAUUACACCUGGAAAGUCUAGCCAGUGUAGGAACUGUCUGAGUUACCAUACACCCUUGAGGAUUUCCCUUCUUUAAAAGAAGAUGACAACAACUUCGUGAAAUUUGCUGUAUCUUUAUCUGAUGCCCCAUGUGGCAUCAUCUUUAUGUACAAGCUGUCGUUGAGAAUAUGAGACUGCUCAAAUCUCUGUGAAUCCCAUGAUGCACUUCAGCUGGGGAUGUCACACUUCUCUCUCUGUCUCUCUCUCUCUCUCCACUCUUGCAGCCCAAGCGACUUUCAUAGUAUUAUCCAGGUACUAUGCUAAAAGGGAAGCUCUUUUAUUAAAUGUCAUGCCUUGCAGCUUUAAAAAGCAAAAUUCUGUAUUUCAUGGAGGGAGGGAAGGGUCCCUCUCUUCUAAGAAAAAUAGGCUGGACAGGUGAAUGCAUGCAUGCAUGUUUAGAGUUGCUGCUCAGAAGACAAAGAGGUGAGAGCAACUAUUAAAAAAUUACUGAAUGAAUGAAUUGAAGGUCUAGCUCAGGCUGGUACAGUAUUUGCCUUAGUAGAGCUUUCAUGUUAACAGCUCCAGGAGGGAAACCCUUACCUCUGGGUUAAAAAUCCCUUCCUUGAUAUUACACUAGCAAUUGCUAUCCCCUAAUCGCCGGUGAAGACAGAAAAAAGAAUAAAAAGGAUCAUAGCAUUGCCACUGACAAAACAGAAUGCUGAAAAUAAAUUGUCUUUUCCUUUGUCCCACAUUUUUGGGAUUAAAGCCAGAAUAGGAUAGGAAAUCCAGUAAUAUUUCUGAGGUUGAUAUACCCCAUCUUUAAGAAGACCCUGUCUUUAAAAAUGAAACUAGCAGGCAAGUAAACACCUAAAUAAUCGAAAAUUACCAAAGAACAACAACAAAACAAGAAAACUUAAAGAUUUUUACUUCCUAUCCUUAUCCCCUCGCCCUAUAACUGUGACAUCUCUUGCAUUGCUCAGUUGCCUGUGUGUCAAAAUAACUUGUGGACGUUGGAAACUAUUUGAAUGUGUAUUGUGUGGAAUGUAAUAA